AAACAAUUUACAAAGAUUUUAAUUCAUCAAUAUAUUUUAUAAAAUAAAUAAAUAAAUCUUGCAAACAUAAAAAUCUAUUAAAAUUUUAAAAUGCAUAAAGAAAUUGCUGAACAAUUUGAAGAACUUGGAUGUUCACCAUCAGAAGAUGUUUUGGAUAAAUGUGUAGAAUUAUGUUACACAUAUAAAAUCGACGAUGCAAUGGAUUUCGUUGCUCAAUGGAUGGCCUACAGUGUUUCCAAUUUGGAUGGAGCUGAACCAACAAUUCCACUCUUGCUCGAAAUGGAACGCAAAGAAUUCACAUUGAAAAGAGAAAAGGAAUUGAUUGCUGCCCAAACUAAAAAGAAGAAAACAACAAGUCAUUUAAGCGAUUUAGCAGCUUACGGAUCACCUUCGAGAAAUGGUUCUAAUGCCUUGGAUGAUGACGAUCAUAUUAUGGAUUCUUACGGAUGCAUGACUCCGAAGGCAAAGCCGUCGGCGAUCGCUAGAACACCUGCUCAACGCCAACAGAAUGAUGUGCUAUUCAGUCCGGCCAGCUAUUCCCAAAUUUCAGGAACACCACGAGCUCAAGGAGCCGCUGGCUCUGGCAAGAUUGUUUACACAUUUGGCAAUCCACAGCUCUUGGCCAGUGCAACGUGGUCAUCAUCGUCUCGAAACAAUACAAAAGUAGUUGUUAAGCAACUUCUCACCCACAAUGGUAAACCAUUGGAUUCAAAAGCAAAGUAUAUGUUUGACAUAUUACAGGAGAGAGCCGAAACUUCAGGCGAUCGCAUCUUCCAAGUUGGCAAGAAUAUUUGCAAAAAAGUAUUUGCACCCACUGUCUUAGAUUAUGAUCUGCAAAAUGUCGAUGAUCAUAGCCAAGAAACAGUAAAGACCAUUGGAACUAUAUGCUGUGACUCGGAGGGGUGCCUCGAUGCAACAUCGACUUUGCUUGUGGGCUCCGACGAGUCUAUGUGUCGAACCGUGCGUUUGAAUUUCAGCGAAACUAAGUCGUUUGGUGUAUUUCCUGGACAAGUUGUCAUGGUGAGCGGUCGAAAUCCUAAAGGCGAUACUAUUAUAGUCGAGGAGGUGAUUGCUGAUCGAGUGUUAGAGCCGCCCACGAUACCCAAACUCGAACUCACGGAAUCGUUGAGCUUUGUGGUUGCGGCCGGACCAUUUACCAACAGUGAGGAUUUGGUCUAUGAUCCAUUGCAUGAUUUGGUAUUGUAUUGUAAGGAUAACCAACCAGAUGUGCUAAUAUUGACUGGUCCAUUAAUGGAUGCUGAUCAUAAGACCAUCAAUGAAAACGUGUUGGCGGAACCAUUUGAGGUAUUCUUCGAAAAGAUGAUUUCCGGGCUAGUGGAGGUCUUAGGAAAUGAAAUCACGAUUCUCGUGGUCGCAUCGAGUAAAGAUGCAAACACUGAUCCAGUGUAUCCAACGAUGCCGGUUACAUUAAAAUCGACAUAUCCGAAUGUUCAUAUGCUCCCUGACCCAUCAAUUGUUGACUUGAAUGGCAUCACAAUCGGCAUGACAUCGACUGAUGUUCUAGAUCAUAUUUUAAACAAUGAAUAUGCUGUGAAUGCUGGUGAGAAGAUCAAACGAGCUGUUUGUUACCUCUUCAAUCAGGGAUCAUUUUAUCCUCUCAAUCCACCUGGUGAUGAUCGAAUGUGCUUUGAUAGCUCACUAGCACACAAGUUCACUAAUAUCGAAAAAAUUCCUAAUUUGAUGAUCCUGCCUGGCGAUCAGAAAUGCUUCUUGAGAGUCGUAAAUAAUUGUCUUGCAAUUAAUCCUGGUCGAUUGGCUGAUGAAAAAGGUGGAACUUUUGCUAGAUUUGUUCUAUAUCCACCAUCCAAAGAGGAAGACGCUAGUAUUUUUAGUGUUAUAGCUUGUCAAGUCCGAAAAGUUUAAGUCUAUUGUUUAUUUUUGUUAUAUUUAAGUUUAAUUUUUUUUUGUAAUUUGUAUUGUUAGUAUAAUUGUGAAUAAAACAAC